GAGUACGUCGAGGAGAGACGUCUCCCACAUAUUGUCUCCAUAAAGCCAACGUCCAUAGUCGUAUACAGUCAAGUCUAAUAAUGACUUAAUUUAGGAGUAAAAGAAGAAUAUUUAAUAUUGUGCCAUAUCAAGACCUCUCCAUGCAACGAAGUAGGAUCAUCGAAUACAGAUGAACAUAAAGACAAAGUAAUUUGAGAGCGUGUAGAGCUGAGGAAAUUGAGAAGCCAAGAACAUUCCUAUCGGGACGUAAAGCAGCUGAAAUAUUUUAAUCGUUCUUCCAGGAAAUAUGAACGGAACAGCUGAAGAUUAUGAAAAAUUAUGCCCGAAAUUUCAGCCUCGCUACGUAGAAUCAGCUAUAGAUUCACACUUUCCGACCAUGGAAUGGUCCGAUGAGGAUAUCAUUUUGGAUAUUGGAUGCGGCCCAGGAAGAACCACCAAAAAUAUUAUUUUGCCAAAAUGCCCGAAAUUAAAGAAAAUCGUCGCUAUUGACAUCAUACCAAAUUACAUCGAGUAUGCCAGAAAAACAUAUUUUGACGAAAAAAUUGAAUUUAAGAUUCAAGAUAUCAUUCAAACACCCGAUUUAAAAGAAAUUGGAAAAUACGAUAAAGUUGUGUCUUUCUACGCCUUCCAUUUCGUGAAUGAUUAUGAGAAAUUGUUUUCUGUUAUUUCUUCAGUUUUGAAGCCCGGAGGAUAUUUUUUCUUCGUUAUUUUUACAAAAUGUCCAUUGUUUCCGGUUAUACAGGAUCUUAGUAUCAACGAAGAGUGGAAGAAGUACAUAAAGACUGGAGAUAUGCUUAAGACAAUUCCAUUGAUGGACGAUUGGAUCGAUGCAGAAUCGGAAUUUAAAAAUUCUCUUUCCAAGUUUGAUUUGAGAGUGACAAAGAGUAAAUGUGAAGUUUUACAUAUGCCAUUUUCUGACAAAAAGCAUUUUUUGGAUCUAUUAUUCGCAGUAUUACCUAAAGCACUCUUUCAAAAUAUGGAAACGGAUGUUAAAAAUCGCCUUUUGAAGCAGGCCGAACAGAUCAUUCUCAAGUAUGUUUCUCAAAAGAAAAAUGGUGAAAUUUCGGCUCCUUUCGAAUUUUUGCAGGUUUCAGGAAUAAAGAAUAAAACUUAAAAUUAAGAAAACAAUAUAUGCUCGAUAAUACUAUAUAUCUGUUGUUUAUUUUGUAUUUUAUUUUCGUUAAUAUAAAUAAUAAAGGAAGUUGGCAAGGUUUCUUGCUCGACAUUACCGGCA